AUGAUCUCACAGGAUCCCUCGCCUCCAAGGCCUUUUCCAGCUGGCCGCAUCGUGGAAGUAAAUGAUCCUUCACCACCGCGACCCUUUCCCAAGUACGCUUUGGAAGGGGGAAGCCCACUGGAGGAGAGGGACCCAUCAGCUCUGUCACGCUUCCCAACGGACGGAGAGAAUGAGGCUCACGACCCCUCUCCUCCCCGACCUUUCCCAGCUGGUCGCAUCGUCGAAGUGAAGUACCCCUCACCACCACUGGAGGAAAGGGACCCUUCAGCACCACACAAGCUGGUGGAAAUAUACACGGCAGCCAGUGAUCCAUCACCUCCAAGACCCUUUCCCAAAUACCCACUGGACGGAGGAAACCCACUGGAGGAGAGGGAUCCACUCUCGCGCUUCCCAACUGGUGAAGAAAAGGAAGCCGCCGACCCCUCACCACCCAGACCAUUCCCGGCUGGUCGUGUCAUAGAAGUGAAGGAACCUUCACCAAGCGACACAAUCGGACCCCGCUCCCCAUCUCCUCUCCUCCGCACCGCUGAAGGCUCGGCAGCCGAAGCCAACGACCCCUCCCCACCCCGACCCUUCCCAGCCGGUCGCGUCGUAGAGGUGAAAGACCCUUCACCAAGCGACACAGUCGAACCUCGCUCCCCAUCACCUCUUCUCCGCACCACCGGAGGCUCCGAAGCCGAAGCCAACGACCCCUCCCCACCACGACCCUUCCCCGCCGGCCACCCCGUGGACAUCGACCCACGAGGCGAAGACCCCCAGCUCCCUCCCCACCGUGGCCACGGCGGUUACUUCCCACCGUCGAACCCACCCGUCUCCGACCCCACCGCCCCAGCCAUGGAAGCCGACCGUGCCAACGCCGAUCCCGACCCGGACUGCGCACGCGGCAAAUGCCCCCUCAACAGGCCCGACUGCUGUCGCCCUCACCCCCAGCACGGACCCCCAAAAAGCCUCUCGCGCAUCCCCCGUCCCGCCUCACCCACACCCACAGCCACACCCGCGACCAAGGCUACCCGAUCCCCACACACCACCACCCCUGCACGGCGACCAUCACCUCGUUCCGCCACUUCCGGCCCCUGGACGGACCCGGCGCCGCAUCGACCGCCUACGGCGCCACCGUCACGCUGCCCCACGAGCUGGACUGCGGGGUGUGCCGCGCGCUGA